UCACCUCACUUCCUCCUCGCCUCGCUGCCCCCCUCCCUCCUUCCCUCGGAUGCUCGCACGGGUGCAGCUCCACCUUCCCAGCGCUGCUCUCCCCUCUCCGCGCCGGGGCCAUGGCGAGGCCAUGGAUUAUAGACGGUGGAAAGGUAAUUGCUACAAAAAUACGAAAUGCAACUCAGCUGUUAAGUUGUAAACUUGGAGAUUUGGUUCCAGGAGCAUGGAGGGAAUGCCCAAAUUGCAAAUGUCACAUCGAUAAUAGUGAUGUUACUUUACAGUGGCCAGAAUUCCCUGAUGGUGUUAAGUUUGAUCCAUCUGAUAUUGAAUUACUUGGACACUUAGAAAAAAAAAUUAACCUGGGAAAUCCUCAGGGUCUUAUUGAUCACUUCAUCCCUACUCUAGAAGAGGUGGAAGGAAUCUGCUACACACAUCCUGAAAAUCUCCCUGGUAUCAAGAUGGACGGCAGCAGCAGUCAUUUCUUCCACAGAAUAUCAAAUGCAUACGGUUCUGGUCAGCGCAAGCGUAGAAAGAUCAGCCACCACAAGCACAGUGCUUCCGAUGAGAACAUAAGAUGGCACAAAACAGGAAAAUCCAAAGAGAUUUACCAUAAUGGUGUCAAAAAAGGGUGGAAGAAAAUACUAGUUCUAUACAAAGGUUCUAAAAGAGACAAGAUAGAACAAGCUAAUUGGGUGAUGCAUCAAUAUAAUCUUGGUGUGGAAGAAGAUGAGAAGAAUGGAGAGUUUGUUGUUUGCAAGGUCUUCUUCCAAUCAUCCUCCAAGCAAACUUGCACGCCUGAAAUGGACUCUGUUACUGAAACGUCUGAUGCAUUGACUGUAAGAAGUGAUCCCAUAACACCAAUAACGAACCCUCCGCAGCCUCUCUACCCAGUGAACAGCCCGUGUGACACCGAGCAGAAUGUCACCAUUUCGCACAAUCAGGAGGGGGAGUCCAGCAUAUCCACACUCCGGGCUAAGGUAGAACCUGAAAACCCUGGAGGAUGUUCUGGAACUGGAACAUCAACAGCCGAAGACUUCGAUGAAUCUCCGCCGCAGCGCUACGGGCUUCGGGGGGACUCUGUCCCCCCUCUUGAAGAAGAACCUUUUCCUGAGCUAGAUCUUUUCAACUUGGCAGAUUUCUGUAAAUUCAGCUCGCAGGACAGCUUCAGCUGGGCGGAUGGGGAUCAAACGUAAGACGUCUUCAAAGUUUAGGAUUUGCUGCCACUCCAGGGGUUGACGAAUGGUCUCCGUAAUCUUUGGAAGAAUGGCGAAAUUUGGAGUGGCCAAUCCUAGAUUUACCCUUAACAUAGCUGAUCAAUGAGCUCCAAAAUUUUGUAUAUGGAUUUGCGUAUUAACAGUAAGUAGUAGAGUCCCUUCCCUGCCAAAAGGGAAACAAAAAAAAACCUCAACCUGAAAAAUGUUCUGGGAGAACAUGUUUAUGUGUUGUAGCGCUUGAACCAUGUUUAUGUCAGUCUUGUUGUUGUAACAUAUAAAAAACAAAGUCUUUGCAGGACGUUUCUUGUUUAGUUUUACUGUUUCUACUUGGUCUA